CCGACAACCAAAGUCAAAACUAAAGAUGAAGUUUUUGCUUGCUGCAGCUUUCCUCGCUCUUGUGGCUUAUACCCAGGCCGGCUACCUGGGCGGCUAUCGCGGCGGAUUUGGUGCUCCCCACGCUGGUUUUGUUGUUGGUCAUGCUGCCGUCGCCCCUGCUUUUGGUGGACGAGGAAUCCCUGUUGGCCGAGCUGCUUCCCACGUGACUCAUAUUAACCACGGAGGUGUUGGAGUAGGCUUGGGCGGUUUCGGACUCGGUCAUGGGGUUGGUGGUUUCGGAGUAGGUCAUGGAGUUGGUGGUUUCGGACUCGGUUAUGGAGUUGGUGGUUUCGGACUCGGUCAUGGAGUUGGUGGUUUAGGACUCGGUCAUGGAGUUGGUGGUUUCGGAUUCGGCCAUGGACUGGGUGGUUUUGGAUAUGGUCUUGGAGUAGGCGGUAUCGGCUAUGGUCACGGUCUUGGCGUAGCUAAGUUUCACUAAAGAUAAGAAGAGUGACUUGAAGUGAACUACGAAAACGUUUUUCCUGUUGUGUACAGAAUGUAAAAAUAACGUAUGAAUAUAUGAGAUUGUUACAAGUCUUGAAUGUGGUUAAUAAGAAAAUUAUGUAGAUAAUGUUC